GCAUCCUUUUCAGCAGCGUUUUUAAAUCAUUACAGGAAUAUUUUUACAAGGAAGACUGAACACAAGGGAAAUUUCAAGAAGCAACACGACUAGUAACUCCCUCUUACUGAUCUUUUCUUAGUGAUGUUGUGUCUUCUGCUGGAAUUGAUGAUGAAGCCAGUUGGACGGUGGGUUCCAUUUUUCUUUGUACUGUGGGCAACAUGGGAAACAGCUUUGUCUGUGACGCGAUAUUCCAUACCGGAGGAGAUGGAGCGCGGGUCGGUUGUUGCAAAUCUAGCCGCUGAUUUAGAGCUAGAUGUUAGUGGACUAGCACAGCGAGAGGUAAAACUUGAUAUUUUCCAUAACAACAAAUAUCUAGAUAUUAAUAAAAUUACUGGCGAGUUAUUUAUUGUUGAGAAAAUGGAUAGGGAAAAUCUGUGUCCUACGAAAACCACGACAACCUGUUUUCUAAAAUUAGAUUUAAUAAUUGAAAGCCCGUUGCGCAUUUUCAAUAUUGAAUUGGGCAUCACAGACAUUAACGAUAAUGCUCCUCAUUUCCGGCGAGAUAAAAUUGAAUUGGAUGUCUCAGAGUCCGCAACACCGGGAGAACGAUUUUCUUUGCCCAAUGCUUUUGACCCGGACGUUGGUGCCAAUACAGUCAAGACCUAUAAAUUAAGUGAAAGUGAACAUUUUUCUGUUGAUAUACAUUCUGGUAGUGAUGGAACAAAAUAUGUCGAUUUGGUUCUCGUGAAGGCUUUAGACAGGGAAGAGAAGGCUGUUCAUAAUCUGAUACUCACUGCAAUUGAUGGCGGCGUCCCUGCGCGCUCUGGCACGGCUAGUAUUAUUGUGCGCGUCCAAGAUACAAAUGACAACGCCCCUCAGUUUGAUCAGGCAGUUUAUUCUCUGAAUAUGAGCGAGAAUUCUCCAGCUGGUACUGUUGUUAUUAAAUUAAAGGCUACUGAUGCUGAUGAAGGCCCAAACGCAGAUCUUACAUACUCAUUUACGCUUUACACUUCUGAGAAAACACAGGAGAUGUUCUCGCUGAAUUCAAAAACGGGCGAAAUUGCAGUUAAGGACACCAUUGAUUAUGAAGAUAUGAAAAUAUUUGAGAUGUUCGUUGAAGCUAAAGACAAUGGUCCGGUUCCACUCUCCGGUCAAUGCAGAGUGACUGUGUAUGUUAAGGAUAUGAACGAUAACUAUCCCGAGAUAACCAUAAAAUCUCUUAAGAACACAGUGGAUGAAAACAUCCCAGUCGGGUCUGUUAUAGCUCUAGUGGGUGUUAGUGACAGAGACACGGGGAAUAACGGUAAGGUAAAUCUGACAAUGAACAAGUCCUUACCGUUUCUUUUAAACAAAACCUCUGACUACCUCUAUGAGUUAUUGGUGUCGGAACCGUUAGAUCGUGAAAUUGUCCCAGAAUAUGAGAUCACGUUGGUUGUGACGGAUGAAGGAAGUCCUCCCUUAUCUGAUAACGAAACUAUAAGUGUCCAUUUGCUAGAUGUCAACGAUAACGCACCUCAGUUCCCACAGACAUUCUACACGAUACCUGUUAUGGAGAAUAACGCGCCUGGAGCUUUACUGAGCUCUUUAACUGCUAUAGAUCCAGAUCUCCAUGAAAAUCAGUAUUUAGUUUAUUUUAUAAUAGAGAAGGAAAUAGUGAACACCUCCAUGUCCAUGCUGUUCUCUAUUAACCCAGAGAACGGGAAUCUUUACGCGCUAAAGACGUUUGACUAUGAGAUAGAGAAGGAGUUCCUUUUCCACAUCGAGGCCAGAGACUCUGGUGUUCCUCCGCUCAGCAGUAACGUGACCGUUCACAUUAUUAUCAUGGAUCAGAACGACAACACGCCGCUUAUAGUGUCUCCAUGGCGCGCGCACGGCUCGGUGGUUGAGGAAAAGAUCCCGAGAUCCACCGAUAAAGGAACACUGAUAGCCAAAGUCAUCGCCAUAGACUCUGAUUCAGUGCACAACUCUCGAAUCACGUACCAGUUCCUCCACAACACUGACGCCACAUUAUUCAGCUUGGAUCAAUAUAACGGAGAGAUCCGGACCACGAGAAUGUUCAGUUACAGAGACUCGCGCCACCAGCAGCUGGUUGUGAUCGCCAAGGACAACGGAGAGCCCGCGCUCUCUGCUACAGUCACCAUCAAACUGUCCACGGUGGAGACCGCCCUUAAAACCUAUGCUGACAUGACUGAGGUGCCUUUGGGAUAUGACAUCUUCUCCGAUUUAAACCUGUAUCUGGUGAUCGGACUGGGCUCUGUUUCAUUUCUUUUACUCAUCACUAUAUUGGUCACCAUCGUGCUGAAGUGUCAGAAAACGAAGCCCAGCAAAGCGACUCCUCCGUGCAGGAACAGUGUGAUCAGCGAGAGGAACUCGACCAUCGCGGAUUCCACUCUGGUCUCCAACGAUGCCUACUGGUACAGUUUAUUUCUAGCAGAGACGAGGAAAGGAAAGCUGGUGGUCAGACAGCCUGUGCCAAAGGGAGCGAGAUACAUCGUGUCCAGUUUACCGAGGAGCACAGGACUGACCGAGACCAGCGACUCAGCUGCAUCUACACUACAGGUAAGCACUGCCACAUAGUGAAUUGAAAAAAAAGAGGAUAAAAAAGGUAAAAUAUAAGUUAUGGAUGUUUUUUUCCAAGUAAUGUAAAAUGCCCAUUUAGGUUCAAUUUUGCACUUGCAUAUUUGCUUUUAUUUUUCUAGUUCAGCAGUUAAUCUGCUGAAAAUGUAGACAAGAAGAUAAGAUAUAUGUUGCAUCACUUUUACGCGAUGCAGUGUAGGUACUUAUUUUCAGAGAUAAUUCAGCUGCUUUCAAGCUCGAAAUGUUUCUCAAUCAGGAGA